CACAGCGAAGAACUACAACUCCCGGCAUGUCCCGCUGGGUGUCAUGUGGCAUGUCCGGCUUGCUCCCGUUGUCACGUGACACCGGAAAGAUGGCGGCCUUGACAGCGGAGAAUUUUGAGGCGCUCCAGAGCCUGCUGAAGGCCUCCUCGAAAGAUGUCGUCAGACAACUGUGCCAAGAAAGCUUUUCCAGUUCAGCCCUUGACUCAAAGAAACUCCUGGAUGUUACAUGUUCCAGCUUGUCUGUGACCCAGGAGGAGGCAGAGCAACUGCUCCAGGCUCUGCACCGCUUCACUAGGUUGGUGGCAUUCCGUGAUCUGUCCUCUGCCGAAUCAAUUCUGGCUCUCUUUCCGGAAAAUUUCCACCAAAACCUCAAAAACCUGUUGACAAAAAUCAUCCUGGAGCACAUAUCUACUUGGAGAACUGAAGCCCAAGCAAACCAGAUCUCUCUGCCACGCCUGGUGGACCUGGACUGGAGAGUGGAUAUCAAAACCUCCUCAGACAGCAUCAGCCGCAUGGCCGUCCCCACCUGCCUGCUCCAGAUGAAGAUCCAAGAAGAUCCUAGUCUGUGUGGAGACAAACCCUCCAUCUCGGCUGUGACCAUGGAACUGAGCAAGGAAACGCUGGACACCAUGUUAGAUGGUCUGGGCCGAAUCCGGGACCAGCUUUCUGCUGUAGCCAAUAAAUAGGCCAACGAGCUACAGAGCUGUGCUGGUUCAGUUCUCAGCACAAGGGCUGACAGUGGGCACAUGGCAGGAUGGUGGGGCUGCUGCUUUUCGGAAGCCCAGUGAAGGGAAGGAAGCAGCCAAGCCCAUUGCCAUUCUUUCUCUUCCUCAUUUUGUUUCUUUUCCUGGUGAUGAGCAGAAGCCCCCACCUCUGGGAAGGCCCCAUGUGAAGUUGAGUUACUGCCGUGACUAUUCGAGGGAACAUGUUCUUUAUAUCAGCCGCCCGAGCGCUGCUGUGGAAAACUCGCGCCCAAACUGUGGAGCUUACCUAAUGAGUUGACCUCCAGCAUUAGCACAGAUAAGUUCAUUUCCAGCCCCAGAAUCCAUGGAGGGAAUUAGGGGUGAUGCCAGCAGCGCCAGCUCGCCCAUCAGAGAAGCCAGCAGACAGAAAACAGUGCAGCACCCCAGCACGAUCCCUCAGAGCCUUCCCUGAGCUUGCGGCCCUGCUGGGCUAAAGCUCCAAUUCUGAAAACUGAAACAUGCUAUUUUCUACUACUCCUGGGUGAGAAAGUGGAAACAAUUGGAAAUAAAUAACAGUUUUAUGAUUCUG